AUGUAAAAAGCAAAUAUCAUUUUUUUCUAUGGACCACCAGCGACUGCAAAAUCUUAUGUGGCCUAAUAAGUUGCAAAAUAAACAGGAUAUGUUUAUUUCAACUUAGAUGAAUUCUAUGCGAAAGUAAAAGCAUAAACAGAAGUUGAUAAAUUGAACAAAUUGAUGUAAGUGUUCUAAGCUGAACCAAAAAACUAUGUUGUUGAUGGAUUUCUAGAUAAAAAGGCUUAAGCUGUAGUAUUCUUUGAGCAUUAUCAAAAACCCAGAUACGUCGUAUAUUUCUAAUCUAGCAAAGACGAAGUUGAAUAAAAUAUCAGAUUAUUGAGUACAGAGGAGCAAAAGAAAAGUCGUUUUUAGAGAUUUAGCAGCUUCCUCUAAAAUCGUGAUGAACUGUUAGCUUAUUUAAAGAAGUUUCAAUUCUUUGUAACUGUCGAUGCAGUAUAAAAAGGAUUGUCGAAUAAUUUUUAAUAAUCAUCAGAUUUAAUAAUCCAAUCCAUCAUGAGUUUUUUAAAGCCAAAGGUUUUGGUAGCUCUCACCUAUAAUAAUGAGGAAUUGGCAGAAGACUAUUUGAAUAAGUUAGAAGCCGAAUUGGGAUUUAAACAUUUGCAUUUGGAAACACUCUGUGAGGAAGAGUUGGCAAAGGGAACCCCUUAAGGAAAAUAAAUGGGAGCCUUCCUUAACUCAGGUUAAGUUGUGCCACCAUAAAUGUAAAUAGAAUUAUUGAGGAAAUACUUGUAUAAUGAUCCACAAUAGAAUAAAUUUGUUCUUACAAGUUUUCCUGAAAAAUAUUAGGAGUUUAGAACAUUUGAGGACAAGUUAUUUCCAAUUACAGGAUUGAUCAAUUUCUUAAAGGAAGGAAAGGCUGUGUCAUUCUCUGCAAAAAUAAAUCCAGUGUUACAUUACUCAGCAGAAGGCAAGAAUCUGAUCAUUUAGAAUGAAGAUUUGGGACCCUUUUAGUCUUAUUUAACAAAGAGAGUGAAAUAUGGAAUUGUCAUUGGCCCUGCAAUGUCAGGUAAGACAACAUUUGCUAAGUAUAUCUCAUAAAAAUUCGGUUUUAAUUUGAUUGAAUGGGGAGAAGCUGCAAUUAUUUAAUUGAAAGAGAAGUUAAGCACAGUUCCUGGAGAAUAAAUAGAAGAAUUGACAUUGCCUAUGAUAAUCAAAUACUAUAAGGAUUUGUUUAGUAAUGUCACAAAUGAAAAGUAUGUAUUUGAUGGAUUCCCCCCAGGAUGUGAAAAACCAGAGUAGAUAUUGUAGUUUUUAAAUUUGGGAUAAGCUAGUUGGGUGUUAAAUAUUGGAUUAGACUAAGCUAAUUAUUCGAUCAGAUAUAAAAUCUGUACUGGAGCUGAACCUGGGCAAGAUUUGACAGAUGAGGACAAAGACAAGUUGAUUACUAAUGUUAAGGCACAUGAGGAUGUUGUAAAGUAAGCUUAAGUGUAUGUGUAAUCACAACCUGAUUGUAAAUUAUUCAAAUAGGACACAAAUUAUUCUUUGGAAUAGAAUUUAAAAUCAAUUGAUUAGAUAUUUGGAAAGAGAGUUUAUUUGGCAUCAAUCUUAGCUAAUUUGGAUUCUGAUAUCUAUGAAGCAUUAAAGUUGAUUUACAUCAAUAUUGCUGCAAAAUACAGAAUGGCAUUUGUUGAUGUUGAAUAAUUGAUAGCCAAGAACUUUGAAAAGUUAUCCAACGAUUAUGAAAUGAGAUGGACUAAAUAAAAUUGUAAGAACCCAUCCAAUUUCACUCCUGAAACAGUCAUGAAAUUAGUUAAGUAAUACAUAGAUGAUUUACCAAUUCAAAGCAGAGAUGUAUUGUUGUGGGGUUACAUAUCAGCUGAUUAAUAAGGAGAUAAAUAAUAAUAGGAACAGAUAUUCCCAAGAGCUACUGAUGAAUUAAUGAUGGUUGAGAAAACAUUGGGAUAGAUUAAAGUCUUAUAUGCAAUUACUGAACAACCAUUAAAUUCAGAAAUCAAUGAUCCUGAAUGGGUUUUAGAGAAACCAGAAGUUCCACCUCCUAAAUAAGAAGGUGAUGGUGGCGAUGAUGAACCAAAAGAUGGAGGAAAUGCAGAUGGUGAAGAAAAUGUUCCCAAAUUUAACAUUUAUAACUAUCAAUGGACCAAAAGUGAAGUUCCCAAAAACAUGGCUUAGAUAUUCAUGAAAGUCAAAUAACCAAGUCCAGUGCAACUUGAAGUGAGUGAUUAUAGCUUCAAAUUAAUUUAUGAUAACUUUGAUGAGCUUUUCUAAUCAAUUUAAGAAAAUAACGAUCACACAUAUUAUGCUUAGAUAUAAUUACAAUAACCAAUUAUGGAUUGA